GGUAGGCAUGGCGGGCAGGAAAGGGCGGGCGGUGCGGCGGUGCGGGAUGGUGUCCAGGGGAGGCUUCCCCGAGCAGGCGGUGAACGGCUGGGUCCUGCAGUUCUACUUCCACCAGGCCAUGGCCGCGUACCGGUGCGGGCGGAACCGCGACUUCCGGCAGCUCCGGGACCUCAUGCAGGCGCUGCUGAUGCGGCCCCUGGAGAAGGGGCCCAUGGUGGCCCAGAUGCUGCGCAUCAUGCAACUCCUGUCGCGGAUUGAGGAAGGCGAGAACCUCGAUUGCACCUUCGAUAAAGAGUCAGAGCUCACCCCUCUGGAGUCAGCCCUUGGUGUCCUGGAGCUCAUCCAGGAGGAGUUCUCUGUGGCUGAGAAGACGAUGGACACAGUGCAGAGGAUGGUGAAGGAAGCUGCUGUGAUCGUCUGCAUCAAAAACAAAGAGUUUGAUAAAGCUUCAAAAAUUGUCAAGAGGCACAUGGGGAGGGAGCUCAAGAGCCAGAAAAAGAGGAACGAGCUGCUGGCUCUCAUCCGGGAGAAGAAUUCUGCUCACCCCAUGGUCAGGAACUUCUCCUACAAGAGCUUCCAGCAGAACAUGUUCCAGUUCCUCAAGAGCUACGUGGACGACUCGGAGCCGCUGCUGCUGACGAUCAUGAAAAAGACUUUAAAUUCACAACAUGGCAGAGAACCAGAACACUGCUCAGUGACUCCUGAGCCUGCAGACAGGCUGAUGGAGCAGACAGCAGAUCAGGAGCCCUUGGGCAGGGCCCAGAGCCCAGCGGGAGCCCCAGAACCUGCAGGAACACCACAAGACUCAGAGGAAGCUCCCGAUCCCACAGCAGAGGCAGGAGGCCCCACUGCAGCUCCCCAGCCCCUGGAAGGGAUUCAUGACUCCCCUGCAACUCCUCAGCCCCUGGAAGGGACUUGUGACCCCACUGCAGCUCCACAGACUCUGGAAGGGACUCGGGACUCCCCUGCAACUCCUCAGCCCAGAGGAGGAGCACCUGACCCCUCAGCCACUCCUGAACACCUUCCAGCAGUGCUUGAUACCCCGGAAGAUGCUUCUGAGCCCAUGGAAAUAUGUAAAGAACCAGGAGCAGCUCCAGAACUGCCAGCAGUGCCCUCCAGGGACUCAGACAGGCAGCCCCCCGGGACCAGCUAUGGGAUUUCUGUCCUGAGAGAAGCUUUCAAGAUCCUGUCUGACUCCCAGGAUUCUGAGGCACUCUUCACCCAGCUGGAUGCAGCAGACUUUCCCUUCCCCAAGCAACUGUCUCCUUCUGUACCCCACAGAACCAAGAGGCGGAAAGAAGCGGAGAGCCGAGAUCCUGAGACCUCGGAGCCUCCCGAGGUUCCCCAUAAGGGCAAACGUUUGCUGACCAUAAGCAAACUGGUCAUGGAGCAGGACAGCCAGCACAGCGAGUCCAGCAAGAGCCCGGACUCUUCCCAGGAGCCCGUGGUGUCCUCUGCUUCCAGACCUCCUCAGAAACCCCAGGACCAGCUGGUGUCCACUCACAGCUCCAAGUCCUUCCAGGGAAGGUGGAACAGCUCGUAUGGCAAGGAGGAGAAGGACUGCUGGAGUGAUGAGGAUGAGCUCUUCUCAGACGCAGCAUCAUUGGAGGCAAAUGGCCACAACUCUACAGUGUUUGGAUCCAAGAAGCAGAAAUGGACGAUCCAGGAGAGCGAGUGGAUCAAGGAAGGGGUGAAGAAGUUUGGCGAGGGCCGGUGGAAAGCCAUCUGCCAGCAGUUCCCCUUCCAGAACCGCACGGCGGUGAUGAUCAAGGAUCGCUGGAGGACCAUGAAGAAACUGGGAAUCCUCUGAAGUUGUGAGUCACCAGACCUUUGGUGUCAAAACCUUUUUCUUCUUGGUUUUUUUUUUUUUUUAUUUUUGAAGCUGGACUGGAGUGAUGGCAGCAAGGAGGCUGCUGUGCUCAUCCCCAGUGUGUGUUGGGGCCCCACGGCUGCUCCAGCAGAUGGAAGCCCUGUCUGACAGGAGCCACUUCUCGAGGUGUAGCUGCCAGGUGUGGGUCUCCUGCAGCUGGCAGAACCCACACAGCCUGACCACACGUGCUGGGAAAUGAUCAGCAUUGGGAUUUCCUGCAGCCCCAUGGGCUGUGAAGUGGCACUUUUUGCUGCUCAGAUGCUGUCAAACGGCAGAGUAAUCCCAUCAGGGGCUUUGUUGUUUUUUGUUUUUUUUAAUGUAAUGCAUUUUAAUGUCUGAACUGU